CUGCGAGGACUCACAGAGAAGGCAUUGAGGCAGCAGGUGGCAGGUAUUUUUUGAAGGCCUCUCCCCACACACACAAUAGAAAUGAGCACCAACCCUCCUGACGCGGCCAUUGUGUUUUAAGGGAAAAUGGGGCGCUGCAUUUGCAAAUGGGCAGUGGAAGUCUGAAAGCCGCCAUAUUUGCCCAGCGGCAGAAAUGGCGCCUCAGUGCCGUCAAUGGCAACUGAAGCCAGGCCGUCGCCAUGUUUUCUGAAGGCAUCUUCCGGCUUCCUUCACCCGAGUCGUGUCUCUACGAGCGGCUGUGAACUAUGGAGCCUCCCUAUUCUCCACUGGAGCCCUGCAGUCCUCCGCGGUCACACGCAGCCCACUUUGUCCUGCUCCAGGCGGGGCCGAUCGUGACCAAGGGGCGUGGCAAGGGCGUGGUUUCCCGGGGAAGCCGAGGCCGGAAGCCGGAGGCUGGGACGGCCAAGCCGCUGCCCCGGCAGGAACCCCGAUGGCGCCACCCCCGGCCCCGCUGCUGUUGCCGAUGCCCGGAGAGAUCUGGUCUGGUUUCAGGAAGCCUGAGCUCGUGAGCUUCGCGGACGUGGCCGUGUACUUCUCCCCGCAGGAGUGGGGGUGUUUGCGGCCCGCGCAGAGAGCCCUGUACCGGGAGGUGAUGCGCGAGACCUACGGCCUCAUGGGCGCGCUCGGGUUCCCGGGCCCCAAACCAGCUCUCAUCUCUUGGAUGGAACAGGAGAGUGAGGCAUGGAGCCCCGCCGCCCAGGAUCCUGCGGAGAGGGAAAGCCUGAGAGGAACUCCGAGAGGAGACACUUCAAAUGAGAAGGAGCAGGGCCCCACGGAAGAAACCAAGAGACUGGCAGAGACUCCUCCUGCUCAGUUGCAAUCUAAAGAGGUGGUUCAACAAAAGACUUAUUCUAUGGCUACCAAGUCCUCUGCAGGGGUACAGCUACCUCCCAAAGCUGCCUCAGGCCAGGCAGCAGGUACAGAGCUUCCUGCCCAGGUACCCAGCACAGAUGGGAAGGCCAGCCAGCGACGCCAUGUGUGCGUGGACUGUGGGCGCCGCUUUGCCUACCCUUCUUUGCUGAUCAGCCACCGGCGCAUGCACACGGGUGAGCGACCCUUCCCCUGCCCAGAGUGCGGCAUGCGCUUCAAGAGGAAGUUUGCGGUGGAAGCGCACCAAUGGAGCCACCGUUCCUGUUCCGGGGGUCGCCGUGGCCGUAGGCCUGGGAUCCGGGCUGUGCCUGGAGCCCCAGUCCAAGGUGACCGGGAUCCGCCAGUGCUCUUUCGGCACUAUCCAGACAUCUUUGAGGAGUGUGGGUGAGCUGCAUCCGGAGCAGAGGAUGAACUCGGCUCUAAGAACCGAGGGAGUCAUGACUUGGGAAAUGAAAUUGAGAACUUUGACAUUUCUCAAGGAUCCCUUGUAAGACUGUGAAAAGUGCCUGUAAAGACUGCUGUAGAUUAAACCUGACACCUGCC